AUGAGCGAGGUCAUAGUCCAUCCAUUGGUACUACUUUCCGCAGUUGACCACUACAAAAGAAAGGGAACUAAGAGAGUUGCUGGCAUAUUGCUUGGGGACGACGAUGGGGAGAUUCACAUCACAGAGAGCUUUGCCUGCAUAUUUGAAGAGGACGAAGAUGGAUGGUUCAUGGACACCUCGUACAUAAGAAGCAUGUUUGAUCUGUUCUACAAGGUCAAUCAUAAGCUUAAGGUGAUGGGAUGGUACCACACAGGCCCCAGGAUGUAUGAAAACGACCUUGACAUAACGAGAUCGCUGGGCAGCUUCGUGGAAAGCCCGUUCCUUGCCAUCAUCAAUGUUCACCUCGGAGAAAACGAUCUUCCUGUCCAGACAUUCAAGCUGGAUGAACAGGACGAGUUUGUACAUGUUGGAUGCAGUAUAGAGGCCGAGGAGGCCGAGGAGGUUGGAGUCGAGCAUCUGAUAAGAGACAUCAGAGAAGAGGCAAGUGGAUCGAUUGCAGCCCGGAUCAACGGAAUAAAAGAAUCAUUGGCGGUCUACAGAGGGGUUCUUGGUGAGAUAAGAUCCUAUCUCAAUGAUGUAAUAAGUGGAGACAUUCAUCUGAACCAGGAGAUCAUCAAUCUCUGCCAAGAAAUCAUCAAUUCGACUCCAAAGCUAGAAAGACCUCUUGACGAGAAUCUUUCUGAUUGCUAUGUCUCUGUGCUUGCCAAGACUGUGGUUGCAUUGAAUGACCUUAGAAAGAAUAGGCUUGAGAGUGGGAUUGAGACGAGUGCAUCGUAA